AUGUUCCAUCGUAACUUUCAGAGCCUGGAAUUGAUCAACUUCUCUACCAAUGCUGCUGCAUUCGUCAUUCUUUACUAUGACUUCUUCCUAACACUCGGGACUGAGGUGGACCGAUACUGGACUCCCGGGCCGUGGAAUAUCAUCUCUACGCUUUUCUUCUUGAAUCGCUAUAUAGGCGUGCUAGGCAAUAUGCCAGUCGCGUAUCAAAUCCUCUGUUCAGGGCGCCUCAAGACAUGGGAGCAACCACAAUCCGAACUCAAUUUGACCCUCUAUCACGAGAUUCUCAUUCUCAUCCUACAACUCCUUGUCGCGGCUCUCAUGAGCCUCCGGACGUAUGCACUCUACAAUCGCGCGUUGCCGAUCACAGCGAUACUUUGUGUGUCCGUUGCAGUCUUCAGUGCAUACAGUGUCUACGCAACUAUAUCAACCAUACACACUAUCAUGCAGGGGAAGCCUGUGGACGAUGAGACCGGUAGACGCAUUGCGAUGGCUUUCGGGUUCUAUCUCGGACACGACACUAUAGUAUUCGUUUUGACCAGUAUAAAGGCGAUCCGAAUGUACAACCAAAGACAGCAUCCGCUCUUGCAGGCACUAUAUGUCGACGGCCUGAUAUUCUAUAGUGUGAUUGUCCUCUUCAGCACACUGAACCUCGCCUUCCUAACGCUUGCCGAUAUCCCACUUAAAACUAUCUGGACAACGCCAACGAACGUGGUGUCCGUAGUCAUGGUUUCCCGCCUGGCGCUCAAUAUGCGCCAUCCCAGUAUCGUACGGCGUAUCAAUGCCGAUGGUAGCUCGGAAGAUCUUGAGCAUCCUGAUGCACCUUGGAUCUCCAGUGUUGUGGACGCAGGGAUGACCAUGCCGACGGAAGAGCACGCGCUACAGCCACGGCGCCGCGUCGGGAGUCUCGGGCAGGGGCGAAAUGAUGGGUAUGCGGGCGUAAAUAGUAUACACGGAACAACGAGCGAUGCCACGGUCGACGCGCUCGUAGAGACGCACCAAUUGAGAGUAUGA